AUUGAUAAUUAAAAUUUUAAAAAAUUUAUCGGUUUUUGUUCAAAACGACAAAUUUAUGACGGGAUAGAGUAUUUUGUGGGUGGGUUGGGGGAGAAACGUAAAUCUCAUCACUCCUUCGAAAUAAUGGCGGGAUCAGGCAUAAAUCUGGGACUGCUCUUCCCGCCCCUUGACGCCUCCCCUCCCAUGGCGCCGCCGCCGCAGUCCGACCACCGCCCUGACAACCCCUCCACCUCUGGCAAUCUGGGCUACUUCCACCUCCGCCUCGUGGGCCCCGUCCCCGCGCUCCUCCUCCUCCGCUCCGACCGCCUCUACUCCCUCUCCCUCUCCCGCCGCCGGGGCCACUGCCUCCGCCUCCUCCUCGCCACCCCCCACCGCCGUCGCCCCCGCAUAUCUCGUGAGCUCCUGCUCAGCACCUCCGGCUGCGCCCUCCGCCUCACCCACCUCUCCUCCUGUGCCGCGCGCGUCAACGGCCAGCCCCUCCGCGCGGGGACCCCCGCCGAUCUGAUCGUCGGCGACGAGGUCUCGGUGCUGCGCCGCGGGGGCGCCUGGUUUGGGUUCGUGGUGGAGAGGUUCGUCUCAUGCGGAGGGGGUGAGGGUGGUGCGGCUGCGGCGGCGGGGUCCUGCGAGGAGGGCCUUGUGUUGAGGGCCGAGUCGCUGCGGAAACGGCUCAGGGCGAUCUCCGAGAGCGAAGAUCCCCUUUCUUUCUUGAGGGACUCGAAUUGUUCAGGGCAUGGCAGCGCAGAUGCUGGAUUGAAAGCAUUGAGGCAAGAUGAUGCUGGUGAAUUUUGCCUGGUCAAUCCGAUCAAUCCCGUUUCUGAGGAGAAUUUGCUGCAAGAUGAUUGUAAUAUUGAUCAGGACAAAUUGGAACACCAACCUGAUCUUGCAAAAGAUGGUGUUGUUGAACUGUGUCAUGGGAGUAAAGGAUGCGGCGAUGGAAAUGCAGAACGGACAGGAUGCAUCAAUGGUUAUGAAGAGCAAUAUCACAGUGAAAGUUGCUAUUCAGAUGGGAGCACAUUCUUCUUGAAUCGCCUUGCGAGUAUUGGGCCUGACACGCGUGUGGAACCACACAGUGGAGUGACACUUCCACAACUUCUCCAUCCCUUGAAGAGUUUGGUGCGAGUAUUUAUUGCAACAUUCACCUCAGAUAUUUCCUGGUUUCUUGACUAUUGCAAAAUUCCCCAGCAUCUGCCAGUGACAGUAGCAUGCCACAACAAGGAGAGAUGCUGGAGUGCGAGCCAUGAAAGUAGGACGGCAGCCCCUUUUGAAAGUCAUCCAAACCUGCUACUAGUUUACCCUCAAUUCCCUGAAGCGAUAGCAUUUGGAAAGGAUAGAAAGAAGCAAGGAGUUGCAUGCCACCAUCCAAAGCUCAUAGUGUUACAGAGAGAAGACAGCAUGCGUGUUGUUGUUACUUCAGCUAACUUAGUACCGAGGCAGUGGCAUCUCAUAACAAACACAGUGUGGUGGCAAGACUUUCCUCGCAGGACAUCCCUGGACUAUUCAGCACUUUUUAGUGCAGCCGAGAAACAAAAAUCCGAUUUUGCUGCUCAGUUAGUGUCAUUCAUAGCAUCCAUGGUCAACAGAGUCCCUAGCCAGGCAUAUUGGAUAAAUGAGAUAGCUAAGUAUGAUUUUGAAGGAGCUGGCGGUUACCUCAUUGCUUCAGUACCAGGGAUAUAUAUACAAAGUCCUUUUUAUUUGGAGUCUAAUUAUUCCCUUUCGGCAAAACAUAUUUUACACACAAAAUCCGCACACAGAAUGUUUCUUGGUUCUGUCCAAACAUCUGUAGUUGGUCUAUCCCAUCGGUUUCACAUACCAUCUGACGCUGGUCCUCAACUGAAAGCCUUAUCUGCAUUUCUUGGGAAAUGCCAUGAGAAUAUGCAUGGAGCUACAGAAGUGAUCUUGAAGAGGAACACAGGUAUACCUGCAGAUGCUAAUGCUGUGAGUGUCCUUGUUGCUGAUCUGGAUAAAUUUUGUGAGGAAGAUUCUGUCCAACUUGGUUUCUUGCCUAGAGAGGUUGCAAAGUGGGUAGCUCCCCUUACUGACUCAGGAUUCUUCAAUUUUUCUGGAUUUAUCUACCCCAGAGAAGCCCUGGAGGCCACAUUUGGUGUAACUAAUACAAAAGUGCAGUUGCUUCUGUAUGUAUCAAAGGGUCCGGAGUUUUCUCGAAUUUCAGGGCUGAUCUGCGAUGAGCAUUUUCCACCACUGUGCUCACUAAUAGCAUCCUUGAAGAAUUGCCUUGGACUUUGGCGGUUAGAAGAGGUGUUGUCAAACAUUAAGUGGCCUGAAACACUCGAGACUGAUUUUAUCUACAGUGCUUCAUCCAUUGGGACGUCAAUUAAUCCACAGUUCAUUGCAAGCUUUGCUUCGGCAGCUGGUAAACGACCCCAUCAGGAUUUUGACUCACAAGAGUCCGAUCCGGAGUGGGGUUGCUGGACAACAAACCAUGAGCUAAAGAAGCCAUCAAUCAGUUUGUUGUUUCCGACAAUCGACAGGGUGAAAAAAGGGGCUUGUGGAAUUCAGUCGUGCAGGCAUUUGCUUUCUCUACCUGAGAAAACAUGGCAAAGAUUGAGAUCUGCCGGCAUAUUUCACGAUGCAAUCCCCCAACCGUAUGCCAGGAUAGGACAUCCUAUGCAUGUUAAGGUUGCUCAAAGACGUUUCGAGUCUGGUCUUGGUGGACACUCAUUUGGCUGGACUUACUGCGGGUCUCACAAUUUCAGUCCAGCUGCAUGGGGACAACUACUACCUCCUCCCUCCAAAGCUAAUCCUACUGAAGCCAGAGCAGCUCCUUCUGGUCCAAGGCUGCACAUUUGCAACUAUGAGCUCGGCAUCAUACUCAUUGCUCCACCACCAGGCACGUCAAAGCAUGCAAGUGAAAGGAGGCACGGGAUCGAUGACAUUGCACUGCCGUUUGUCGUCCCUCCACCACGAUACAAGCAGAGUGAUAGGCCAGCGACUCGAUUGGCCAUGCGAGAGGCCAUGGCUGAAGCUUGUGUUCAGAGUAACGGUGUAGUAGACUUGUCAGAAGAAACUGACGAGGAUGUACCAGAUGAUGAUGAGUAUGUGGUUGAAUUAUCUGAUUGUUCUCAAGAAGAGAAGGAAGAGGAGAAGAUUUACGCAGAGACGCUAUGGGGGCAGGUAGAUUCUUCAGAGCCAGGAAAAUAAUUAGUGAAGUUGGAGUCCUGUUCUUCAUGCAGGCCUACAGAUCUAAUUCGCCCUGGUAGUUUAUUGGAAGGGCUUAUAAAGGAGGGUACAGAAACGGAGGUUCAUGACAUUUUGCUCCAAAAACUGUAACUGGAAGCUUCAGAUUCGCGUGUUUCAGAAGAUUGGUGUUUCUGAAGGAGAGCAAGUAGUUGUAUCGAGUCUCAUUCCAGUGCAAGGUACGGUGUGACGGCGAAAACGGCCGCCUGAAUAGGAUUCUUUCGUUAUCAUUUGUCAGAUUAUAUGUACAGUGCACACAUAUCCUGCCAUUCUUUUUUGUAUUGAAAAUAACCAUUGUACAUUCACUAUUGUUUAAUUGAUUUGCUGAAGAAAUACUGAAGCUGAAGAUUUUAACCUGGA